AUGAUAUUGGAAACGAUAUGGAAAGUUAAAGAAGCAUUGAAGGUUGUCAUAUUACUGUUUUUUGGCACAUUUUUAAUCCAGUGGCUUAUCAAUGCAGUAGUGUCACAGAUACUAUCACGAACACAAUGCCCUGUACAGGACUUUUCUGUCAAUUUUUUUGGAACUUCCGUGAGGAAUCUCAAGAUUUCGACGUCAUCUUUCAAGCUGAAAGUCGGUAAGAUAACUUUUAAGUUUGGUAAGAAAGGGAUAAUAACAUUCAGCGAUGUCGAGAUACUACUGUUACACAACUCGCUGCCGAAUGAUUCGAGAUCGUCGAGUACGCAAACGUUCGGAGGUGAAUUGCUGGGUUCAGAUCAUUUGAAAGUUCUGGUUAGCAGACGGAUCCUUUGGUUUCUCAGAUGGAUAUUCCCAUUAUAUUGUUAUUUGCACAGCGUUCUGGUGUCACUGCCCGAUGGUUCGCUCAUUAAGAUGGACCUGGGCUCCAUGGCGAUCACAAAGCUGUUCAACAAUGAGUUGAGGGCCGAGAUCUUUAUGCAUGCCAUCACUAAUGUCACUGAUGGUGAUUCUGUGCACCAUAUAGGUUACCAGUUGAAAGGCCAGUUGUCACAGAGAAGCUUGAAGGAGUCGGGCAAGGUGGAAUUUGUUUUACGGAAUUGGUCUUCUUACUUUAGGGCCAGUGGGCUGCAUGUGCACAUAUCUGAUGUCCUACGACACUCACAAAGAUCAGAGGUUGCAAAGGAUCGAAAAGACACAAGCUGUGGAGGUUCCAUCCAGCAUUUUGAAAAGACUCUGCAACACACACUCGCAAAAUAUCGGGCUCUGCUGAGGAGUCUAAAGAUCUUCGACAUGAAAAUUGAGAACCUUACUUUAUCGUUCGAUCAUUUUAUCCACAUCAAGAUUUCCAGUGCACAGAUUUAUCUAGAGUGCGUGAACAUUUUCAGCUAUGGUGUCAAUUUGGAGUUCUUUCCAUCUAACAAGCUGAUGCUAAAGGAUCACGAGUUCUCUAUAUCGGCCAACUCGGUGGUUGUUUAUGUGAAUGAUGAAUCAGCCGUAAGAAUCCCACUUAUUAACAACGUUCUCACAACGGAUAUUCUUUCAUUGCUUUUGGAAGGGUUACCUCUAGCUAGAGCCAAAGUUGCCCACAACAUGAACAUUAUUAAUCCCUCUGUCGUGGCUUCGAUUGAACAACUCCUCCAGGGCCUUGCAUUCAUCAGAGAUUGGCAGAAAAUGGUCCAAACGGACAGAUUGGACGAAUCUAGGUCGUUCAACCCAAAUCUGCCGAUGUUUUUACACAAUGCUAUCGACUUAUUACCGAGCUUCAUUUUUCAACUCAUCAUGGCCAACUUUAGCACAACCUUAAAGCUUUCAAAUGACGAAAGUUUGACCUUCAAAGUGUACAAUAUUCAUGCAUUCCUGUAUCGGAAGAACAAAAGCGUUGGCUGGCCUUCUGUUUUAAAUUACAAUGAAGCGUCACUACGUCCUGAGCUCUCUUUCAUCGAGAGAGAUCCAUUCAGCGAGCAACUUUCGAACUAUAUUAAAGUAGUCGGGACUAGCUUAGUUUUUUUGAAGCUUCCGAGCUCGCAUGAAGAAGCUGUUCAAUCGAUCCCCAUUUUUGGUUUUGAAAGAUGUGAUACAUUUCUCAAUGAAUCGGUCGAUCCAAAGAUUGGUAUACAUAGCACCUUGCGCCACUGUGCGCUAAGUUUGGACAAUUUAGACGUAAUAAAGAAAUUGCACUCCGCCAUUUCUAGCAUCGUGUCCAUUUUUCAAGAAGAUCAAGGCCGUCAGGUUUCAAGUACAGGUCGCAGGCCAAAAGCACACAAGGAAAGCGAAAAACCAGGCGUGGGAUGGUCUGCUAAACUUAGGUUAAAAGAUCUCUCGUGUUCCCUGCUUGCUGCCGGAUACCUUUCCAGUGCUUUGGACCCUAAAGCUGCGGAUCCAGAAAAGAACCUGACAAACGUGCCGCGCGGUAUGAUUCUGGUUCUGCAUGAGUCUUUCAUUACUGCGACUCCAGAUGAAUGUGUUUUUAAGAUCGUAACUGCCGAUUUAGUGCGUAUGAUGGACAAUGAAAACGGAGAAAGCGUUUCCGACAACAUCCUGACCUUGCGGAAACUAGAAGUGAGCAUCUCUGGAUGCGAAACAAGAAUACAGCUUCCAAAUCUUCGCCUAUCACUUGAUGUGAAUUUAAUCUGGUUAGUAUUUUUUCUAAGAAGUGUGCUUCUAAGGUAUUUCUCGUUUAUUCAUCUUAACCCUGUUAAUGACGCUAAAUCAAGCGAAGAAAUUAGAUCCCAUCUGACUGUCGGUAUUGACAGUAUGUUCGUUGAUAUUAAACUACCGCAAAGCACACCACUUUUUCUUUUAUUAUCUGACAUUCGGUACAAAAGCGAUGAAAAGUUAUGUUUUGCUGCAAUCUCUGCAUUUGUCCAGUCCGUUUACGUUAAACAGCUACCAGUUCAGGUCUGCCUAUUGAAAAUCAAGCUUCUGGAAUUUGAUGUUCACGAGCUGAACCUAACGAAAAGCGUCAGGUUGAAAGCGGCAUCUAUGCGUCUCCACACAGAAUAUCAUUUUAGCAUUUACAUGGUGCUUGACAAUCUGAUAACCAUGAUCAAGGCCUUUAAGCAGAUUCGACUGGCCUUCUCUCAUUUGAAUACAUUUCGGAGGCUGUACCCCUCUGAGCAGCAGGCCGUCUCACUUCCCACUAUCAAUCUGGCCAUUGACGAAGUUCUGGUAAAUGUUGAGGAAGAUCCAUUUGAACAAGAACUGGGGCUGAUUCUGAAGGUUGGUGUUCUUGAACAGAGAGAAAGAAUUGAGAAACUGCGAGAGUUUGAGGACCAAAAGAGCAAGUUCAGAGAAAUACCUGAUAGAACCGUCUUCCCCUUUUCAAGGCGAUCUGUCUCACCUGUUGUAAACCAAACCAAUACCGAUCCCUUUGAAAAAGCCUAUCAAGAACUGUUAGAGAACUUUUCUACUUCAUGGAUUGCAAGAUAUCGUAAGGCAAAGUUGGCUUUUCAUGGUAUGCCUUACCAUAUCAUCAAGCAAAGACAUCUUGGAAAAGAACACUACUUCUACUCUGCUCAGAAAACAAGCGCUGUGGGGACUCUCGUCAUAAAAAAUUUGAAUAUCACACUUAAACCUCCAUCCUUUCAAUUGACUGACUACGCUGCCUUCAUUCACAAAUACGGUAAAGGUGUCCCGAAGGAUAGGGCCUACACAUUGUUAAUACCAAUGGGAAUUGAUGUUCGGACUGAUCUCUGGGAACUGAGAUUGCGAGACUAUCCCAUCCCAGCUGUUUCGUUUCCCAACACUCACACAACGGGGGAUGUUGUGUUUGGUGAAAAAAUGCCUGAAGAUGUCUCGCUAAGAACUGUCUAUUGUCCUUUCGUUCCGUCAGCCUCUGAAGAACGUUCCAGAGAAGCAAAUUCGAUUUAUGGGUCACAUAUAAUACGGACUCUCAAUUCAAUCAAAACCUUUUUUAAAAUUGAGACGACAGUGGCUUCUUCGACACCAGCAUCAAUAACUUGGGGCAAAUCGCUACAGCCUGGGUACUCAUCCUUAAUGUUAUGGUUUGACUACUUGACAAGGCCGCAAGAUGAUCCUUCAAGGAAAUUGGGGUUUUGGGAUAAGUUCAGAUACCUUGUCCACGGAAAGUGGACGUACCGAUUUUCCCCAAAUAGUGAGUUCCACUUGAACAUUAAAGGUUCUCAUAAUCCUUACAAGAUUGCUGAUGAUGGGGCUGGUCUUUCUUUCUGUUGGUCAAACGGUACUGUUAUUCAGAUACAUGGCUCUGAGGACCCUAAAGAGUUUCUGAAAAUUGAAUCCAAGAAGUUUCAGCUUGCGGUUCGAGAUUUCACGGCAAGUAACAAAUUUGACAAGAUUCUGAUGAAAUUAGAAGGACAUGUUAUAUGGAAAUUGGGGCUGUUGUUCGAACAAGGCGAUAUUCAUAAAGCUGGGCAGCAGGAAAGGUCUGCCCCAUCGAGGCCGCACUAUGACAUAAAACUGGUCAAUCCCAAAUUUGUAUCCGAUAUCAGAAAUCAUGAUUCUUAUUCCGGGUUUCGAAGCGAUUUUAUUCAUAUGUCGAUCGGCGUCUACUCUUCAGCUAAAAAUUCUGCCAACAACCUCUAUUUGGCACCCUACACAAUAUCGCAUUUCCUAAAAUGGUGGAAUUUGUUUCAUACCUAUACGUCAGGACCGAUCAGGCAGGGUCCGUUAUUUACUGAUCUAGUGCAGAAUGCAACCAAAUUCGGGAGAUCUCUUUUCACCAUCAAAUAUCAGCUACACCUUGAGCCUUUAACUUUUACUCAUGUAUACAGGCAUUACACUGAUUUGAGUGAUAGCAGUAAUAUAUCGUUCACUGGACUUAAAGGCAAAGUUGGCUCAUUAAGGAUGGAUCUUCAUCAAAAGCGGGUGAAGCUGACACACACGGACGAGAAACUGAAUAAGUCAAAACCAGUUUGGAAAUUCAAGAUGUCAUCUGGAGAAAUUGACUGUUCUGAAUCGGAUGUUAGAAUACUCUCCACGAGUUUUGAUCAGUCGGAUGUUGAAGAGAUGGUCGCUUUACGGCUUGGUAUUCAGCAUCGUAGCAAUGACGCAAUGCCAAUUUCGCUGGCGGAUAUUUCGCAGCUGAAGGAGUCGGAGUGGUAUGACUUCGAGGAUUAUGUCGACCUUGACCAGGUUUCCCUAAAAUCAUCACUUCCUCUAAAGCUAGAAGCACUUCCUCUUUUGUAUUCCCCUCGAAUCUCUUACUUCAGGAAAAUCAAUGAUGAUGGCUAUGUAGUGCCCAAUCCAUUUGGAGAUGAAGAAUCCCAUAAUUGUAUGAUUGGAAAGAAUCAUCCAGAGCGUACCCAAGAAAGGCUUGCGCGACAAAGAGCCGUGGAAAUUGAGGAAGACAUCAAGAAAGUGAAGGAAGUGAUCGGAGAAAUGAAAUCUGCUGGUGGUACAUCGGGGGCUGUGAACAACGAGAUCAGCGGCCGGCUCCACAAUCUCAAGUACCGACUUCAUAUUGUUCAUUCGAUCCUUGGCGAUUUGAAGCUUUCUGAGAAUGUUCCAAGCAUUUAUUCGUUUGAUGGAUGUGAAAGCUCUCUGCCGAACGAGGACGUAGAAUCUUCAGAGCUUGAAAGCCUUGAAACCCGCCCCUCACUAUUUCGUGCAAAGACCAUUCAAUCCUUCAGAUCUAUGAGAAGAGCAUCAACUUUGCAGGAAGAUUCGACAUACGACAACCGCUUCAUUGUCCAUAAUAUCCAGUUCAAGAUUAACAAAUUGAUAAGGCAUCAUCUUUUAGAAUACGCCUCCAGUUCUUUUGAAAGAAAAUCGAUGCAGUUCUUUUUGACCCACAAAUCGAUUGCAAUCUUGAGGGAAUUGCUUAAUACAACUCUGGCCGACGCAAAGACGUCCCUUGAUGAGUAUGAAACUUUAAAGAAUGAUGAUCUACUAUUUAGUUCCGAGUUUGCUAAUCAAUUUGACAAACUGAUUAGGCAAGUACCAAGUGAUGAUUUCGAUUUUGUUGACAGCUAUUUGAUUAGACUAAUUUCUCCGCAGUUACAAUUUAUGUCUGACGUUGAACCAGAUACUGCAGUUAUUCUGGCUGCAAGGGACAUAGAAAUGGGCAUUAUAGAUAUUCAACAAGUGAUUGGGAAAUCGGGUAAACGUGUGCCGAUGGAUGUUAACACUAUAGUGGAAACGAGAUAUUGUGCUGUAUCCAAGGAUAUACAGCUCUUUACUUUGUACAAAGAGGAUAUCUUAUCUGCUGGUGGAUACGGCUUCCAGAGGAACGGCUAUGGUGCGCAUGAAGGGUUUCACCUAUGGCCCCCGUGGCUGCCAUUGGAGAUCUGUUACGAUGGCUCACUGUUGGAAAAGGAUAUCUUUUUGAGAAGAAGAUCAAUGGUCCUCAUGUAUACAGCACCAAAUCCGCUGUUUUUCAGCGACAAGGAGAUACCGGGCUUUCAUCAUGAUGCCAGAUUUCGGAUAGGCUUUCCUGGUCUCAUCAUCACAUCAACCUCCCAGCAAUAUUGCUCGGUUUAUAAUAUUACUCGAGAUCUCUUAUCUUUGAGCUCCUCUUUCGAUGAGAAGGUAGAGAAGUUGGCUAAAGUACUACUGGCUGAUGAAGUGAGAAAUAACCUAGAGAAACUCGAUGCCACGGUUGUAACAGAUUUGCAACGUAGAGUUAAGGAACUAUAUUACACUCGGGAGUUUUUGAAAGUCCACGAUAAUGUUUUGUUCCGUCAAACUGAGCAAGAACUUACUUUUGAGAUACAGGCAACAAUGCUCGAGUUGUCAAUUUUGAUGACGGCUAUAAAGAAGAACUAUGACCGGAUGGUCAGUGGUGGUAAAUCAACGCAAAGGAAAGUCCAUUGGCAGGUGGGCACGGGCGAGCUUAUCUGGGAGUUAUAUGACGAUAAUAAGAAGCCAUUCAUCACAAUCGGAUUGGGCCCUUCUAAUUUCGUUCGAUCGCAAGCGGCAGAUGGCUCUAACAGUAACAUAGUCGCGAUAUCCUCUUUGCAGUGCUUCAAUCAGCAAGAAUCUCCAGUCUACCUAGAGCUUUUGUCGCCCUACGAAAGCCAUUCACUUUAUAAUCCUAAACUUCCAAUGAUCGAAAUAUUCUGGAAUUUGGGGCCGCCUGUGGGAGGAAUCUCGGAAUUGAAGGAAAUGGUUGUUUCUUUGCAGCCCAUUGUCUUCAAGAUGGAUCAUCUGACAUCCGGCAAGAUAAUGAACUACUUAUUCCCAAAGCAAGAGAAGCCAGAAGCAUCGACAAGAGGUCAUGGGACGCUCCCAAAACAGCCUGCGAUCGCUUUGGGCCUAAAUUCCAGCAGUAUGAGUCGCUCAGAGUCAAACAGCAGCAUCAACUCGGGCAAAUCAUUGUCUGAAGGUCUCGAUUCCUGGGACUUGACAAGCGUCCAAUCAACUGGUGCGACGACGAUCAAGAAAAGGAAGCCUAAUUUGACCACUUCGAUCUUGAAUCAACCAGACGAGAACAUUAAUGAAAUGGUGAAAAGAUCGGGUACUUACUUCAACGUAAAGUCCGUUCUCAUAAAAAAGGCUGUCAUGUCUGUUUGCUACAAAGGCGCUCACCACGUUCUCACCGACGUUAAUAACUUAAUCGUCAGGGUUCCCAAUCUCGAAUACCACCAAAAAUUGUGGUCAAGAGAUGAAUUAUUUGCUGCUUUGAGACGAGACAUCACUAAAGUAGUGGUUCAGCACCUGGGGCACAUAAUCGGUAAUAAGCUUGUUCCUCACAAGAAAGAGAACAAAUUAAAAGCCUCGAUGGACAUUUCCAACUUACUGAAGUGGGAAUCAAGCGGCUCCAACAGCGCAACGAAUUCUCUCCACAAAAUACGCUCAUCCUACUCAUUGAUCUCGGCCGCGGGUUCCAGGACUAUCGCCUCAUCCUCAGACGAGGCCGAUGAAGAUGUUCAACCCUUCUUUCCACAGCCAGAUGGUCAGUGA